CUUGAAGAACUGCGUGUGCACUGAGGACGACUACGAGUGCGAGUUCGGCUUCACACGCAAGAUCGGCUCACUCGAGUGCCAGCCUGAGGACCCCAACCUCACCGCCCCUCACUGCACCUCCGGCAACUUCUUCUACAUGGAUGCCUACCGCCGAGUGCCUGGUGACACGUGCGAGGGCGGCUGGGCGCCGCAGAAGGUGGCGGUGCCGUGCCCACAGAAGUCGCCAUUCACCCGGGGGGCAUACAGCAUUCUCUUGGUGCUCUUCCUCUUGUGCGUCCUGCUGGGCGGCAUCAUCUUCUCGCCUGCAUUGCCGUGUGUUUUUUGAUCAGGGGUGGGGUGCAUUGGUGUAUGUGGGUAGGGGCGUUGUGCUUUGCGUCAUUGAGUUACUUAGUCGGUGCUGAUUGCGUGUGCCGUGUAAUUCGUUCUCAUUAGAAACGGACUUCUGGGUGCGCUCGUAUGGUCACUCUGCUGCUGUUCUGUGUUCUCACAUGAUGGUGUAUGAGUAUGUUUGCGUGCGCAAGGAGGACAAAGGGCCGGCUGAUUGAGUUUGCUUCUUGUGACUGGGUUUUGUGCGAGGACCGUCAUGAUGUGAGCGAAAUAUGUACCAUCAGUUUGUCGGUCUUUUUCUGCUGAACAGAACAGUGGUACGGCUCAGCCGCGAGACGAAUGCACAGCAGCUGAUGCAUACAGCGUCACGCACAAGGCAG